AAAAUAACCAAUAGAUCAGGUGUUGUCGGAUUUCUUCGGGGUCUGUCCAUCUAAAACAUCUGCAGUGAUGUUGAAUGCGAAGAGUAGCACGGACCCGUAAAUUAUUGAUUGGGACGGUCCUGGUAUAAAAGGAGACGCCGCCUGUGUUCUGCUCUCUUGUCUGCAAACGCCACGAUGAGCUACGGAUCCGACAUCUACUCUGCCUCUUCCUACCGGAAGAUCUUCGGGGACUCUACCCGCUUCUCAGCCUCUCCAUCCCGGAUGAGCAGCUCCCGGAGCGGGUUUAAGAACCAGUCCGUGACCCGCACCAACAUCCCAAGCUCCUAUAAGCGCUCCACCCGAUCUGCCUAUCCAUCUUUGACGCUGGAAAGCUUAGACUUCACCCAGAGCACAGCGCUUAACAAUGAGUUCAAAAUCAUCCGUACCAACGAGAAGGAGCAGAUGCAAGGGCUCAAUGACCGUUUCGCGAUGUUCAUUGAUAAAGUUCGCAAUUUGGAGCAGCACAACAAAGUGCUGGAAGCCGAACUCGUGACCUUGCGCCAGCGCCAGACAGAACCGUCCCGUUUGGCCGAACUAUACCAGCAGGAGAUCCGGGAACUGAGGUCCCAACUCGAGGAACUCAACGCGGAGAAAAAUCAGAUGAUGUUCGAGCGCGACAGCAUUGAGGAGGAACUUCAGAAACUCCAGGAGAAGUUCGAGGAGGAGAUGAGAAUGCGCGAGGAAGCGGAGCAAACGCUUAGAGUUUUCAAGAAGGACGUGGAUAACGCCACCAUGGUGCGCCUAGACCUGGAGAAAAAGAUCGAAUCCCUUCUGGACGAGAUCAACUUCACGAGAAAGUUGCAUGAGGAGGAGGUGGCUGAGCUCAUGAACAUGAUCCAGGCUGCCCAGGUGUCCGUUGAGAUGGAAGUGGCUAAACCCGACCUUACCUCCGCCCUUAAGGAGAUUCGAGGCCAGUAUGAGGUGAUUGCGAGUAAGAACUUGCAGUCCGCUGAAGAGUGGUACAAGUCAAAGUUCGCCGAUCUUAGCGAACAGGCCAACAAGAGCAACGAGGUCAUUCGCGCGAGUAGGGAAGAGCUCAACGAGUUCAGGAGACAGGUGCAGUCCAAGACCAUUGAAAUCGAGAGUUUAAAGGGAACCAACGAAUCAAUGGAAAGGCAGAUUCAUGAGAUGGAGGACAGUCACAACGCUGAGGUCAUGGGUUACCAGGAUUCAAUUGGGCAGCUGGAGAAUGAGCUGAGGGGCACUAAGAAUGAGAUGGCCCGUCACCUUAGGGAGUACCAAGAUUUGCUGAAUGUCAAGAUGGCUCUUGACAUAGAAAUUGCUGCUUACAGGAAACUGCUGGAAGGGGAGGAGACACGUAUCAGCACUGGGAUCAACUACCCCACCCCCAGCUCGAUGUCUGGCUACAGCUACCAGUCCCGUAUGUAUAGCAGCACUAGCGUGAGCAGAAAGAAAGAGGACAAGGAUGAUGACGACAAACAUCAGCAGAGCAGCAAAUCCGUCAAAGGCUCCUCCCAGUCUGACGACUCCAAGAAGGGUGACAAGAUCGACUCUGGAGACUUGAAUCCCACCAACCAGAAAAACUAAAUGUCUCACCCCUCUUACUUUCAUCCUCUCCUCCCUCUGCCUUCUCCAUUACUCUCUUUCCUUUUCCCAAAUAACUCAGAUCCCAUCCACA